CAUCAGAGGGGUCCUUCCGUCGCUUGGUAAACACGUGUUCUCCGGGAGCGGGAGCGGCAGCACGUCUCCGUUAACAGCGCCGUGAUGAUGGGCGGCAAACCGAGCGCGAUCGCCGCGGGCGUCUGCGGCGCGCUCUUCAUCGGGUACUGUAUCUAUUUCGACAGAAAACGACGCAGCGAUCCGAACUUCAAAACCAGGCUGCGUGAACGGAGGAAGAAACAGAGAGCUGCUCAUAAUAAAUCUGGACUUGCUCAACUGCCAGAUCUUAAAGAUGCAGCAGCCGUGCAGAAGUUUUUCCUGGAUGAGAUCCAGCUGGGCGAGGAGCUGCUGGCGCAGGGAGACUAUGAGAAGGGUGUCGAUCACCUGACCAAUGCCAUCGCCGUCUGCGGCCAACCACAGCAGCUCCUUCAGGUACUCCAGCAGACUCUUCCUCCUCACGUCUUCCAGAUGCUACUCACCAAACUACCAACCAUCAGUCAGCGGAUCGUGAGCUCUCAGAGUCUGGAGGAAGAUGACGUGGAGUGAAGCGGGACGUUAGUUUGAUCCUCCUGCCGAUCUUCAGGUCUUUUAUUCUCCGUGUUCAUUCCUGUGUUGGGUUGCACAGUGAUCACUGCACUCUGUCAUAGUUCAUUAAAAAGAGUCGUUUUUUUUAUUCCAAACAUGAUUUCUUGUAACAAUCACAGAUCUUUGAAUACAAACCAAAACAUCAACUUAACAGUUUAAUAUUUUAUUGAUUAAGUUGAUUAUAAAGGUCAUCGGUUCAUAGGUUACAGACACUAACACAAAGCAGUUUUGGAUAUUUUCAUCACGUUUGGUGGUUAAUCAUUAUGUCAUGUUAUCUGCAGCGUAAUCCAAUGAUUUUGUUUAUGAGUAUGAAAGUGUUUUGGGCACAUUUGUAAUUUGUAUGCACUGAACUUUGAAUAAUAAUUUCCUUUUUUGUAUCAUUAAAUACUUUAAUCAAGAA